UUCUGUUUCUGCUCUCCCUUAUCUCCCUUGCUUUUCCCAUCUGAGUGUUGAACAGAGAAGAAGGGAGAAGCCAAUCAUGGGUUGCACUUCACUGCCAUCUUUUAUUCAGAUGUCAUCUGCUACACACUCCAGCUUCAGUGAAAAACUCCGCAACCCUCAAAAGAAGUCUCAAAUUGUGAUACCUACAACUACAAGAGAGACACACACAACAAUUUCUUGGUCUUUUUCUUCUCAAUGCAAAGCUCUUCACAAAUCAGUUCCUUUGGCUGCUUCACUUGCAAUUCUUCUCUGGUCAACCCCUGCACAUGCUGGUUUCAUGUCAGGAAUUUCUGGAAUAGAGGCUAUUCCUGGUCCUCAGCUACCUCAGAUUGACUUUCUCAAGCAGCUCAAUGAAGAAAACCAGAAGAAAUAUGCUGAGAAUGAUGAGAGAAUUAAAUCAUCCCCCUUGAUGAAGGAACUGCUUGAGAAAUCCAAGUUGAACAAAGAGAAGAACCGUAAAGAAAUUGAGAACAAAUACUGCAUACGAGGGGCAGAAUGGGGAGUUGGAGAUUGUUCAACUGCGGGAAUGUCUCCAGAUGAGAGGGAGAAAUUCAUAGCAAUGUUGAAGCAGAAAGCUGGAGAAGAGUAAUAUGAUGAUGAUGAUGAUGCCACUAGAGCAUAGAGAAAAAAAUAAUAAAAAAAAAAGGUUUCUUAUAACUUAUGAAUAGGUGCAACUUUAUUUGGCAUUUAGAAUGGGCACUAGGUGAAGUAACAAUUAGGCCUCUUGCGUAGUUUCAAAUUUUUGUUUUUGAAACAAUUACACUUGAUUCAUUUUUUUUAUGUAUUAUUAUUAUUGAGAAAGAAAAGCUCAUACGUGUACCUUGGUUCCUACUUUAGAUGGUUUUAUUUGAAUUUCCUUUCUACUUU